UCGCUAUAUAACGAAGCCACCGCGGCCACAGGCCAUUCGUACGCACACGUUCGAAGGAUAGGCACGAUGCUUGCCAAGUUUGCCUUUUUCGCGUUGUUACUCUUCGCGGUUGACGGCGAACGUGACGACGACAAGCUACUCGCCAGAGCUCACAACCAGUUCGCCGUGAACUUGCUAAAGCAGCUUGCCAGUCAAGAGCCCUCGUCCAACAUCGUGUUUUCUCCGACUAGCAUCGCUGCUGCGUUCGGCAUGGCAUACGCCGGCGCCAGGGGAAGCUCGGAGGCCGAGCUUGGGUCGGUGCUCGGCCACACUGCAGUCGGCCUCACGGAUCGAGCCAGAGUGCUCGCGGCCUACAAGACCUUGCUGCAACUAGUGGCAUCACCCAACGUCACGCUGGAUGUGGCCAACCUGGUCCUUGCACAGAGGGGCUUUCCCAUAACCGAUAGCUACCAGCAGCAGCUACGCGAUGUCUUCGACGCGGAGCUCAGGUCCGCUGACUUUGCUGACGCAGGUUCCGGGGCCGCGGCCGAAGUAAAUGCCUGGGUGCGCUACAAAACUCGGGGCAAGAUUUCCGAUAUCUUGCCCGAACGCGAGUCACUGUACAUCGUCCUCUUCAUCCUGAACGCCGUCUACUUUAAAGGGACCUGGGUGACUAAGUUCGACGCCGCCGACACCGCCAACAGACCCUUCUUCAAUCUGGGAACCUCCGAGGUGAGCAGGCCGGCGAUGCACCUCGAGACGCGUCUCCCGCAUACCAGACUCGACGCCCUGAACGCGUCAGCUGUGGAAAUCCCGUACCAUGGGGGCAAGUUCGGCAUGGUGGUCGUGCUGCCGGACAACCCCACUGAGCUUCAAGCGGUCAGGAAUGAUCUGUCGGUCGCCGUUAUCGACGCUCUCGGCGAAACCAUGUACAGCAAAGACGUCGUGCUGCGGCUGCCCAAGUUCGAGAUGAGCCUGCGCUACAACUUGGUGCCCGCAAUGCAGGCACUCGGGCUGAGCGUGGUGUUCGGACGCUCGGCCGAUUUCAGCAGAAUCGUCGAUGGUGAACGCGUCCACAUUUCCGAUGCCGUGCACAAAGCGGCCCUCGAGGUUAACGAGGAGGGAACCAUCGCAGCUGCCGUUACUGGCUUGUCCAUCAGGCCAACCUCGGCUGUGUACAUCCCACCUCCACCAGUUUUGUUCACCGUUGAUCAUCCUUUCCUGUACUACAUAAGGGACAACGACAACAACCGCAUCCUCUUCGUCGGCGAAGUCCACAGGCUCUGAUGCGAGUUACGAAGUGCUGGAAGAUUCGCUAGCCCAUAAUUGAAUGCGGAAGACAUUCCCGUUCGGAAAUAAAGUGUGCGAUUUCAAAACAUC